UAAAUGAUUGUGUGGCACUACAAAAAAUAUUUGAAUCAUAAGAAUGAUCUAAAGAUACAAAUGAAAAAGUCAAAACACAAAGAUCACUCCCAAUCCAGUGUAAAGGCAUGGAUAAAAGGUUUCCAUUCUGCAGUAUCAAAAAUAAAGCUAUUGCAGUUGGUGGCAUCUUACAUUAUAGAAGAAAUGAGACCUGUGGUUACUGUAAAAAAGCCAGCAUUUAGAAGCCUUAUUAAACAGCUUUCGGGAUUGACACCUCCAAGUAGACAGGCUGUAACUAAUUACUGCAUUGAGUUAGAGGAAUCAAAAAAGACUGCUCUGAAAGUAGAGUUGCAAGCAGCAAAAUACUGCUGUACCACUGCUGAUAUUUGGAGUCAUCACAGUCGAAGCUUCAUAGGAGUAACAGGCCAUAUCAUAGAUAAGGAUAAUUUUCAACGAAAAUCGUAUUUGCUUGCAUGUCGUAGAAUGAAGUUCUCUCAUACCUUCUUAGAUAUAGCUAAGACUCUGUUGGAUAUUCAUGAGGAAUAUGAUCUUCAAGCUUCAAAACUUGUUGCAACAGUGACUGAUAACGCUUCUAAUUUUGGAAAAGCUUUUCGAAUCUUUCAAAUGCCCUGCGCAGUAAAUUCAGAGGAUGAAGAGUUUUUAGACGAUCCGUUGGAAUCGGAAAUGGAGAUAGUUCCAUUACCCAAUAAUCUUCGCGAUUUUGUAAGUGAAGAUUAUACUGGCAUUAUGGAAGAUGCCAACCAGUAUUUACCAGAGCAUUUCAAAUGUGGCUCACAUACAUUGAAUUUGAUAGCAACAACUAAUGCUGCCAAAGCCCUAGAAGAUCGAAAUUAUAAGCGAGCCUACCAAUCAGCAUUUAGCAAAUCAUUUAGCCUGUGGAAUUUGUGUAGCCGAUCUACGACCGCUGUUGAUAUUGUUGACGAAACUUGUUCUGUUAAACUUUCUAUACCAUGUCCAACUAGAUGGAAUUCUAUAUAUGAUAGUUUAUCUUAGCUCUUGUCUAUAAAACAAUACCUUCCAAGUCUCUGUGAAAAGCUAAAAGUGCCUAAGUUCAAAGUUGCAGACAUAGAAUUCUUAACAGAAUAUUUGGCAGUAACAAAACCUCUUGCUUUGGCAAUAGAUAUUUUUCAAGGAGAAAAAAAUUGUUUUUUUUUGGCAUUGUGUUGCCCACUGUUGUGCAGUUACAACAAUCACUGGCACAAAAUACACAUUUAACAUAUUGUACUGCGCUUAAUGAAGCAUUGUUAGAUGGCUUGAGAAAACGUUUCGGAUAUGUAAUAGAUUUUCAUAACACAGCGAGUAAGCCAUUUAUAUUAGCAACGAUAACUCAUCCAAAAUUUAAACUGCGGUGGAUAUCAGCAUUGUUUGAAAAUGAGCAAUCUCAUGCAGAACAAAUAUGUCGAAAUUUGCUUUUUAAACAAGCCGAAGUAGUACGUGAAUCUUUGCAAUUGAGAGAAAACUCCGGGUCUGAAGAAAGUAUGACACUCUCCUCCGAUGAUGAUACUAAGUUUUUUAAAUUUAUGACUUCAAAAAUCAGACAGUGUGAAUAAUAACAAUAG